UGUCAAAUGUCAGCUGCCCGGUUAGUAUCAGAAGGAAAGGAGCACAUUUUAAAGUAAAUUCUGUGAAAGAAAUAAAAACGAAAAUAAUAAAUUAAAAAAUGUUCUUACGUUCCAAAAUCCUAAAUAAAAACUCCACAACAAUCUAUCGCAAUGUAAGAACAUUUCUCUCCGAACAAUUCAAAUGUCCAAACGAAUGGAAUAGUCGAUUACAACCGACUUUCAUGCAAAAUACCAAUCUGGAAAAUUUGUAUUAUGAAAUCAAACAAGCAUCAUCCCAAAAGAAUGGAAAACUUAAUGCAAUCGAUAUUGAUAUUUUUGUAAAUAAAACAUCGGCAGCAGAUGAAAGUCGUGUUGAUGAAAUCAAUGAAUUAAUUCAUACACUUCGAAUUUCCGAAGAAACCACAAAUACACUCGAUUCAACACAUCACGCUGUUGUAAGGAAUUACGUUGAUAUGGGUCACAUUACAGAUUUGAUUAGUAUACUUGAUAAUCGAAUGGCUUAUGGAAUAUUCUUGGAUGAUUAUUCUGCUAGUUAUUUGUUGGAUUAUUUGAUUAAAAAACAAGAUUUCCAUUCGGCUGCUAGAACAGCGACUUUCCUUAUGUUGCAAGAGGAUUUUGAGAAUGAGCUACCACGCUCAUUGGCUUUAUUUGCCUGUUACAAGUACCUGAACCGAAGGGAACCUUUUUAUCAGGUUGAAGAGAAAGAUGAACAAGCUGAAAAGCCAAAAGAGGUAAAAGUUCGUGUAAAGUUUUUAAGAAAUGAAUUCUUCGAUGACCACUUUGACAUAAAAAAUCACGACCAUCUUGUUGGAAAAACUUUCGUUGCCAUCGGUAAGAAGCUUGACAAACCAUUCUCGCCAAAUGUUAAACUUCUUGGCUACACCCUUUACGGAAAAUACGAAGAAGCUCUGAAAGAACUCAAAACAACCGAAAAAAUCUUUUUCAAAGAAACUUUGGAACAUUGUUUAAAAGUUCUAGAAGCCAUUGAAGUUGAAGAUCCCUCCCUCGAGUCUCUGAAAGUAGUCGUGCAAGAACGUUUAGCAAAUACCAAUCAAUUGCAAUCAGAAAGCUUUGAUACUUUAUUGGAAGAUUAUUGCAAAUCUGUUGUAGCCAAACAAGAACCAGUGGCAAUUGAAGCACAAAAAGAAUUAUAUAAGAAAUGGAAUAAUUUGCGUGAAGAAAAAUUAACUGAAGAACUUAAUCGAUUACAACGAGCUAAACGUUUGAAGAAAAUCGAAUUGAUGACGGAAGAGAUGAAGAAGAAAGAACAACAUUUGUGGUUCUUUGAAAAUGAGUCUGAUAUUGAUUUGCAGAUUGAUAGUAAAAAGGCAUUCUAUCCAAAGAGAUGGUUUGGUAAGAAGAAGGUGCCCAGAGUUAUUGAUGCUGAUUAUGUUCCACCAGAAAUUAUUAAGAGCAGGCAAUAAUAAAUUAGAUGUUUUAAAAAUGUA